AUGACAGAAACAUCUUAAAAGUCAAAGAAAAUUCUUGACAUCCCAAGAAAAGGUGAGCAAAUUGAUGAUGAAUAGUAUGCAAAGCUACUCAACACAUAUGUUACUGAUGUCAGAAAAGUGGAAUAAUUAGAAAAGCAGAGACACAAGGAGUACUUGUUGGAGCAGAUCUAUUCCUACUCAUUCUUUGAUCUAAUUUUUCCCUAUCAUAUGUACCUGGGUAAAUUCGAGCAUGAUAACCCAAGCCUAAAACAAACACUUGAAAAUCAGGAGGACUAUUAGUUCACUACAAUCAGAACUUUCAAGCGUAGAAGAAUGUACCUUCUGUGGCUAUUCUACGAAAAAUUUGAUAGGAUCCUAACUGAAGAAUAAAAGGAACGCAGGAAUUUUGCUGAACAUACAAUGUUCAAAUGGAACUUUGGGCUCAAGCUAAUGUCAGCUUUUACCUUUCUAUAUGUACUCUCCAGAAGAAGGCAUGCUAACCCCAGAUAUGUUUACGAUUUUUUCCUGGUCUACUCUGCCUCUUACAUGUUUAUACUAAGUCAUAUAAUGGGAGUAUACAAAGCAUGGCCUCUCUAUGCUGACAUCGCCAAGAAAGCAGUCUUAUCUAAGCAAAACGUUACUAUUGAUGAUAAUGUGUUUAUGGAUGAUUUCAAAGUACAGUACUAUAAAUAUGAUAUAGCACUCUCUUCAAUAAUUUGA